AUGGGAUGCAUGCCGAGUGGAACCGCUUCUAGAGUUGACAACGUUGCAGACAAUCCUGGUAUGCGUCAUCAACAUAUAACUACACGUGGAAAAUUUUCUAAUGGAAGAGAACGCAAUGAUCUCGAAGCAACACAAGAAGAAAGGAUUGAGAUGUAUAAUGCUUUUAUUAAUGGAACCAGACCUGAUGAAAUAAUACAAAAACCAUGGAGAUAUGAUCCAUCUCGACCGGAUCAAGAACCGAGACCUAGCAAUGAUGAAAGUGUUGAUAAUGAUCUAUGGGAUGAUGAUCAUGUUCGUGUGCCAUGGUCACGAUUCUAUAUAUCUGUCAGUUAG